GCAUUACAGCGGCGGGGACUUGCGCUCGCCGCGGCGAACUGUGAGGCAGUCAAAGACGGAGCGCGCGGCGAGCUGGGACUUGCGCUCGCCGCCGCUCGUGCUCUGGGCGUAGCGAGCGAGUGAGAGGUUAUGAGCCUGCAGGACUCCAGCGGCCACGCUCGCUCCGGCCGCCGCCAUGGCAUCUUCCAUAGAGCAGGAGUUCCAGGAGAUCGACAGUGCUAACGACUGGCAGGCUCGCUACCUUGAAAUUCGGCAUAAAGCCAAUGACUAUCCUCAUAGAGUUGCAAAAUAUCCAGAAAACAGAAAUCGAAAUAGAUACAGAGAUGUCAGCCCAUAUGACCAUAGUCGUGUAAAACUGCAAAACACAGAGAAUGAUUAUAUCAAUGCCAGUUUAGUAGUCAUAGAAGAAGCCCAAAGAAACUAUAUUUUAACACAGGGUCCACUUCCUAAUACUUGUUGUCAUUUUUGGCUAAUGGUAUGGCAACAAAAGACCAGAGCUGUUGUCAUGCUGAACAGAAUUGUUGAAAAAGAGUCAGUAAAAUGUGCACAGUACUGGCCAACAGAAGAAGAGGAAGUCAUGAUGUUCAAGGAAACGGGAUUCUGUGUGAGGCUAGUAUCAGAGGAUAUAAAAUCCUAUUAUACAGUACACCUACUACAAUUAGAAAACAUCAGUAGUGGUGAGUCCAGGAUGAUAUCUCAUUAUCAUUAUACUACGUGGCCAGAUUUUGGAGUCCCUGAGUCCCCAGCUUCGUUCCUCAACUUCUUGUUUAAAGUCAGAGAAUCUGGUUCGCUGAGUCCUGAACACGGACCUGCUGUAAUUCACUGUAGUGCAGGGAUAGGACGCUCUGGCACAUUUUCAUUAGUAGACACCUGUCUUGUCCUGAUGGAAAAAAAAGACCUUUCUUCUGUGGACAUUAAGCAGGUAUUAUUGGAUAUGAGAAAAUACCGCAUGGGACUUAUUCAGACGCCUGACCAGCUAAGAUUCUCAUAUAUGGCUGUAAUAGAGGGAGCAAAAUUUAUCAUGGGGGAUUCAACUAUACAGAAACGGUGGAAGGAACUUUCUAAGGAGGACCAAGCUCCAAGUUCUGACCAGUCUCCUCCACACCCAACCAGAAUAAAUACAGAGAAGUACAAUGGCAAUAGUGUGGGUGUAGAAAAACAGGAGCAAAUAGGGGAGAAAACAAAUACUGAACUGUCCAUUAAGGUACAAGAUACUAUGGAUGGAAGCAUUGAAAGUACUGUUCGGAAACGGCUGCGAGAGGAUAGAAAGGCUCACACAGCCCAGAAGGUGCACCAGAUGAAACAGAAGCUAAGUGAGACUGAAAGAAAGAGAAAAAGGUGGUUAUAUUGGAAACCUAUUCUCACUAAGAUUGGGUUUGGGACAGUCAUUUUAGUUGGAGCUUAUUCUUGCUGGAAACUGUAUUUUCAAGAACAUUCCUUGUAAGUAAAAACUUAUUUGCACUGUGAGCCUGUCUACGGUAGCAGCUAAUCUUACUGCACGUCAAUCACUAGGGAGUUUGACUUUCAGCAGCAAACUCCUUAACACCUAAAAUCGGUGCAGUAGUUUAGACACAAACUAGAUAAGUGAUGUAAACUGAUCAGUCAGCAUCUCAGGACUUUCACAGCAGGUACUUCUGAAACCAAACGGCAAAUUGCUACCCAGAAUAAAGUUGUUCGUUUGUUUUAAAUAAACAGGUACAAACUUUGUGUAAGUGUAUUUAUAUACUUUUAAAAAUAGUAUUCCACUGAAUCUAGAUAGACCUUGAGCCAUGAAAAAUAACUAUCUAUCGCGGCUGUCUGGGGUUUAAUAUACAUGCCUGACAUAAGCAAUAAACAGUGUGUUAUUUACAUUAUUAAUGCAAAGAAGUUAUCCUUAAAUGUGUGUAAUGUACUAUUAACAAAGGCUCCAACAUUUUAUAUUCUUAUGACCCAGGAUAAAUAUAUUUUAUAACUGCAUAUUUAAUCUUACUUUUUGUAGCUAACUGUACUUUUAAAAACUUAGUGUGUACAAAUUUAUUUGACCAAAAAAAAAAAUUGAUUUUGGAACUAAAUGUAAAGGAUAAUUUGUGCACAAUGCAUUCAUUCCCCACAUUUCAAGAUUUUGAGACCUGCCGUAUGAGCAGCUAGGGUUCUGAUGAAGCACUUUUCAGUUUCUACUCUGUACGCUGCAUUCCUUUUAUUUAUUUAUUUUUGUUUGUUUUUGCGGUUUCCUUAUUUAAAGAAGCUUUAAAAUGCCUUUUUUUUUCUCUUUUUUUCUUUUUAAAUAAAGCUGUUUGCUAGCCCUAGACCUAGAGGCAAAUUGUUAAACUGAUUAAUGGAAGUUGUAUUAAGACUUCAGCUACUGUCUGAAGCUCUAGUUUUGUUAAAGUUCUGACAUUCCAUUAAAUGUGAAAUGAUAUUUUGUGUCUCAUUUUUUUUUGUUUUAUUCCAUUUAAUAAUAAAAAUCUAUCACCCAUCAA